CUUAAAAACUCCAUCGAAGAACCAAGUUAAUAUCCCCCUAAACUGUUUUUUUGAGGGGGGUGGAGGUGUUAACUUAGCUUAGUCGUAUUGUAUUAAUCCAAGUGAAUUUUGCUCAUUUCAGUUUGUUUUGUUUUUGAUCUCACCUAGUAGCUUAGACAUGUCUGGUACAAACUUAGGCUUAAAAUUGUUGAAAAGAACUCUAUCUACAAAGAACUGUUUUCUAUCCCUCAACAAUCAGUACUCGACGACUACCUCACUCGAUCCGAAUUCAACGUCAGUUGCCAAAUCUGGUAUUUCAUCAAGCGGGGAACAAUUUUUACCUCCAUUGUUAUCAGAACAAGCAAAAGGUUUCAUAGACAGGCGGAAAGAGUUUGAAACUAAUUCAAACGAGGUUUCGGCUCUUAUAAAAUCAGCUUUUCCCUACGUCACCAAAAGCGAGUUUAACCAAUGUUUUAACAUUACCUGUGAUAACAAUAGUUCGCUUUUUAUACACGCGCGAAGCGGUUAUACAUUUUGUCCAAAAUGCAAACUAGUUCGCCAGAAGAACUCGUUUUCGUCGAAAUGCUUCUCGGAUGCAGAAAAAUUGGAAGCCAACCAGACGCAGCUUUCAGACUGUUUAACUUAUUAUAGCCAGCUCUUUCCUGGGCAAAAUGUUGUUAAGUUUAAGAAAGCAGAUUUAAAUAGUUGGAGAAUAAAGAAAACCUUGCAAAUGCAUAAAGCAUCCAAAUUAUUUCUGGAUACUUUUGAAGAAUUUGACUGUUAUGCGAAUUAUGACAAUUGCUCGAUAUAUUUCACUUACCGAAAUUCAAAUGGAAACAUUUUGGGCCAUCAAGCAAUUUCAUUGGACAACUUUGAUUCGAAAAAAUCGAAAGCUUUAGAGCUGCAAAUUCCUGAACCGGAGCAAAAUAUGGAACAAGUUACGAAUAAGAAAGCCAAUAUGUUACUUCUAAAAGAAGCAAUUAGCUCUGAAGAUGAUUAUCUAAUUAUUACCUCAGGUGUGCUAAACGCGUGUGCAGUGUACCAAACAUCGUCUGUGACAACUUUGUGCCUUGAAUCUUGCUCAAACUUUGAGUUCCCGAAUGAAUUUGUCCCUUUUCUAGCACAAUAUGACAGAAUUGUUUUCUUCUUACCUGAUAUGGCUACGAAUUAUCAAAUUGUCCACCAAGUGUCAAAAGUAUUGGGGCAAGACCGAUGUUAUUACAUCAGUUCUCAAAUGGGUUGCAAAUUUAGAUCUCCUUUAGACGCAUUAAAAGGAUUGUCUUCAUCCCAUGAGUUUACCAACAUGCUUAACGAUUACAGUGUCCCAGUUAACUCGCUUGCUUCCAAUUUUGCUGAUUUGCUGAAUGAGGCCAAAGAUUUUCUCUCAGAUCCAAGGUCGAGUUUGGGUUACCCUUUUCACCGAUUUGAACUUCUGAAUGACCUUUUGGGAGGAUUGAGGUUGGGCGAAAUGACUGUAGUUUCGGGUGACACAGGUCAAGGAAAAACAACUUUUGCAACUGAAAUGGCUCUCGAUGUUUGUCUACAUAAUAAUCUACCCACUGCUUUUGUAAGUUUAGAAAUGCAACCGAAAAUUACGCUCUUGAAAAUGGGUCGACAAUUGAUUUUGCAAGAAGUGAGUUUGAAGAAUUUUGAUUAUUUUGAAGAUGCGAUUACGAAUGUUCCGAUGUUUAUAUCGAACUGUUCUGGCUAUGUCAUUCUGAAAGAUAUUCUGCUGGAGUUUGAGAAGAUGUGCAUGCAGUUUGGAGUACGUCACAUAGUCAUCGACCAUCUGCAGUAUCUACAGGGCAUCGAGAUGCUAGAUAAUAAGGUUAUUUCUUCAGCUGAAGAGUUAGUGAGUGUGAACAGAGUGCUUCGCAAGCUGAAACAGUUCGUAUCCAGUUACAACAUCCACAUGACUAUCCUGGCCCAGCCCCGUAAAAUGUACGGUGGACAGGGAAACAGUAAUGGAACCAGAAUCCUGUCAAACCAUGAGAUUGCGGGAACAGUUGCACUGACGCAAAUACCAGACAAUAUUCUCAUCCUUCAAGCUCAAAAGAACUCAAACGGUGAUCAGUAUUCGUACAAUCGAAAUGGAAAUAAAAAUCAGCAAGGGUCAACGAGCUCUUUUCCGAAAGUGGAAAAGUCAACUAAAUACAUUGAAGUUACUAAGAAUAGGUUCAAAGGAUCGUUGGGCACGAUGCCGCUUUUGUAUUGCGAGAAGUCAGGCACUUUCUCGGUAGCUGCUGCGACUCAUGCGUAUGAGAAUAAAACUUCAAAAACUUGAACACCUCGAAAAGUUGUUUAAUGCGGUUUAGGCAGUAUGCUGCUCAAAGAACGCUGAUGCAAUCAUUUGCAGUAUUUGUACUUGCAGUAUUCUUGUGCUUAACUGCAGAGAAGUCAUUUUAUUUUGUUCUACUUCAGUUUAUUUUUA